AUGUCUCCCUACCACAUUCCGGGUAUUGAGGUCAUCGCCAACGACCGUGCGGCCCGACGGCGCACUGGCCCGGCGUUCAAUCCCUUUCCUCAUCAGGUGAGCUUCAAGCCAACUGAUGCGAAUGCUACUCGUCCUUCUCUUCGUUCCCGUGCUGCUGCUCUAUCUGCUCGAUCCUGUUCCACCACUAGCUCUGUUGUUGCUCGUCAUGAAUCUUUUUCCUCUGCUGGUUCUUCUUUUAUUCGUGCUGCCCUACGUCCGACCGAGUCUAAGAAGGGUCGUACGGUUUCCACCACUUCUUCCAUUGCACGCAACGAGUCCUUUUCUUCUGCCGGGUCUUCUUUCGUUCGUUCUGCUUUGCGCCGAACCGAACCUGAGAGAUGCCGUACCGCCUCUGUCACCUCUUCCAUUGCACGCAACGAGUCCUUUUCCUCUGCCGGAUCUUCUUUCGUUCGUUCUGCGUUGCGCCGAACUGAGCCUGAGAGAUGCCGUACCGCCUCUGUCACUUCUUCCAUUGCACGCAACGAGUCGUUUUCCUCCGCUGGAUCCUCAUAUGUUCGUGCUAUUGUUGGCCAGCCGUCCACAGCCGUCACUUCUUCCUCUUCCUCUCCCUCUUCCUCUAGAUCUCUUUCAUCGUCUGUUUCUUCUUGUUCUUCUAUUUCUUCUCGGCGUUCUGCUCUUGUUGCUUCUUCCCGCUCUGCUCCCCUGCGUCCCGUUCAUUCAGUACCUUCCAAUCCUAGUAGUGCCCCAAGUUGCACCAUCAAGUCAUGUAUUUCCCCGGCAUCAAAAGGCCGCGCCCGUGCUGAAGCUACGAUUGCUCGUCUCAAUGACAAAUACUCUGGACAUACCCCGGAAUCUGAUGGACCACAUUCUUCAGCACUCAAGCUGAAGAGUGCCAUGAAGAAGCCCGGCCCCAGCAAUACUGAGAAGCGAGUUCAGUUCACGGGUGGCAGAGUCAAGAUUGUCGACCGAUGGAUUGUUCGUGGUGUCGAUACUCAUCCCGACCAUUCCGCUUCGUUGCUCGGCAAACUUAGCGGAUGGAGAGUGACCCCCUUAUCGAAACCAGACAAGGACGGAGAAACCGAGAAAUAUACUGAAUAUUGGUGCUCUUCAUGCACUCAGCUAAAGUCGCAUUCUGUUCCAUGCGAGCAAAAAUGUGCAUACUGCCAGGUAGGUAAGAUUCAAAAGGACUUGAACCGACGGAAUGGUAUUUCGGACGAUAGCCCAUUCGACAUUAGCUCGCAGUAUGUCUUCAAAGCGUGGAAUCAGCAACGAGAAAAAUCGAGAGCCCGCGGAAAUUGGGUCCUUUGA